CUCGCGUGACGGUUAUCGCACAGCUAAUAAGCAAUAACCAGUCGACAGCGCGAAGACCUGCGCUACAUCUACGAUCGCGAAUGAUUAGCGAAGAACCUGUUAGACUGUAUGAAAGGAUGUUCGAAAUAAAAACUUACUUUCUGGAAGCGAUUGGUUCGGGUACUUGACCCAUUUAUACGGGACAGAAGCAUAAAGGACACUGCAUCUGCCGCCACUCAGUUAAUUCCGCAAAAAUGUGAUCUGCUUUGCUUUACGACUAUUUGGUCUUCUAUCGGAUUAAGGAUUUCUACUGUUGGCACCAUGGAUCAUCUUCCUGUAUUUGUAGCAUGCGCUUGUUGUGUAAUUAUCCAGUUAUUUUUUCCCGUUUUCGCGUUGGAUUGUUUCUGCGAAGAAGAUGCAGGCUGUCCGGAGCAUGCGGUCAACAAUACGUGCACGGCCAAGGGGAAAAGUAAAUGUUUUGCAUCGAUCAGGGAGAGCAAAGAUGCGUCAGGGCACAUCGAGGAAAUUCGCGAAUACGGCUGCUUGGGAGAGGAUGAAAACAGUAUUAUGCAGUGUAAAGGCAACAAGGUUCCGCACCGCCCAGGUGUCCGCUCGUGGAUCGUUUGUUGUGACCACGAAGACAGAUGCAACGAAUUCUUGGAGCCACACUUGCCCACCUUACCACCGGCGCCGGAAAUGGUUCCCGCUCACAAGUAUCUCACCUGGACCAUUGCUGCCGCUGUUAGUUUCUUCGUUGUGGCUAUCGCCUGCGCGUUUGGAUUUUAUUGUUGUUACCGGAGAAGGAAAAUUCCCGGCGAUCCGUUGUCCGCAUUGGAAAGUCAAUCCUUAAUGGGACCUUUGAAGCUGUUCUCAUCGUCCAGUGCGGCCAAAGACCAGAUGGAACAGUCGAUGACUUCCGGUUCCGGUUCUGGACUUCCGCGCUUGGUGCAGACAACAGUGGCCCGGCAACUGCAGUUCCAGCAGAAUAUUGGCCGCGGGCGUUACGGCGAGGUCUGGCUGGCACGGUACCGUGAUGAAAAAGUGGCGGUGAAGAUCUUUUCAACACUGGACGAUGCCAGCUGGGAAUCGGAGAAAGAUCUCUACCAGACGUGUAUGUUGCGGCAUGAAAACAUCCUCGGAUUUAUUGCUGCCGAUAUUGGCGGAACUGGUUCCUGCACACAAAUGCUGCUGAUAACGGAUUUCCACAUGGCUUCGCUAUACGACCACUUACGGCAGUUGCAAAGUCGGAUAAGUAUAGCCACUAUGGUGAAAAUGGCCCACACGAUCGCAUGCGGACUGGAUCAUUUGCAUUCGGGAAUACGCGGCACUGAAGCCAAACCGUCCAUUGCACAUCGUGACAUGAAGAGCAAAAACAUCCUCAUCAAGAUGGACGGGGUCACUUGCGUGAUCGCCGAUUUUGGGCUGGCUAUCAGGGAGGACAGUAUGGGCAGCAAAAUGCACGAUUUAACAAAACGAGAAGGAACACGGCGGUAUAUGCCUCCGGAACUGUUGGACGAUUCCAUCCGCCGACAGGAAUUCGAUUCCUACAAGCGUUGCGAUAUUUAUUCUCUGGGAUUGGUGUUGUGGGAAAUUGCUCGAUGUGCUGAUGUUUCCGGAGUUUGUGAAGGCUACCAGCUUCCGUUUCACGGUAUGGUGGGAACUGAUCCGAAAUUGGAGGAAAUGCGUCAAGUUGUAUGUUGUCCAGAGAAGUUAGAGAAACUUCGCUUAAGAAUGGAUGACUUGAGGUGCCGACCGGUCUGCCAACAUGGGCAGCGGCCACCGAUCCUUGAUUGUUGGCGCAAACACGAAGUAACGGGUAAAUAUGUUUCGUUGAUGGAGGAAUUGUGGCACGAUAUACCUGCUGUAAGGUCAACUGCGCUGCGCACCAAGAAGACGCUAGCGCAGUUGCUCGGGAAUUCUCUGCCGUCCUCUCCAUGAAGUUGAAUUUGAACAUGUAUUGGCCCAUGUGCUGGCCGAGCUAAUGUGGUUAAUGUCUCGUACAAUAUCUGGAUCAGUUAACGUUGGUAGCUUACUGAGUGUACAUAACUGUAAACUGUUUUUAAAUGACAGUAGUAUGUGUUCGUAUUUUUACCUUUCUUUAACUGAAUAUUAUUUGCACCGCUGAUAUUUUUUUAUUAUGUGUAAAGGUUCUUGUUCAGUUGUUUCUAAAUAUUUCUCGCCUACCGCUCACGUUGGUGCAUUUAGAAUCUUCGUUUUGUUAGAAAUAAAUCGUUGUUGAUGU